GUGAAUGAAAGAAAUGAGGGAUGAGGAGGGGAGGAUGAAUUAGAGGGAGGGGGCUCCGUCCUUGAAUCCAGCUUCAGUCAGACCUGGUCCUGCAGAGGAGCAGCAGUGGACCUGAGAAGCAGACAGAACUGAGCCGUGUGGACCAGUCAAGGCUCGCUUUCAUCAUCAGAGUGACGCUCGCGCUGCGCAUCGCUUCGUCUCGUGCGCACCGACAGCGGGUUCCCGGACUGAAGACGAGCUUUAUCACUGCAAGGCAACGGCUGGACGACUCUUCUCCCAGCGAGUGAUAAAGUUGGAUCCAGAUGAUGGGAGUUUUCCUGGGUCUGUUUGUCCUCGGCUCUGUGGUUCUAAGGGCAGUUACUGGUGGAGAUGUGUGUGUGUCAGGUCAUGACAGCGGGCCUGUUUUUGAAGAACAGCCGAGCAGUUUAAUUUACCCAGAAGGCCUGACUGAAGGCAAGAUAACCCUCAGCUGCCAGGCCAGAGCCAGUCCAGCUGCUUCCUACAGGUGGCUUUUGAAUGGAACUGAGGUCCCACUGGGUUCGGACCGGUACACUCUGGUGGCUGGUAGCCUGGUGAUCAACAGCCCCGAGCCGUCUCAAGAUGCAGGAUCGUACCAGUGUCUGGCCAUCAACCGCUGUGGGACCAUCAUCAGCAGAGCCGCUAGCCUGAAGUUUGGCUAUCUCCAUGACUUCCCUCCAGAGAGCAGGAGUCCUCAGACAGCUUACGAGGGUGCAGGGACCUUUCUGGCCUGUCAGCCCCCACCACAUUACCCAGCUCUGUCUUACCGCUGGUUGAUCAACGAGUUCCCCACCUUCAUCAGGAAGGAUGAUGAGCGCUGGUUUGUGUCUCAAGUGACAGGGAACUUAUACGUGGCCAAAACCGAGCCAAACGACACCGGGAACUACUUCUGUUUCACCACCAUUAAUCUGGACAUCAGCACCAAAAGCACCUUCAGCAAGCCCGUCCCCCUCACUGUACUGCCGGACGCUAAUCCCAGGAAGUCUGCACCAAGUAUUAAAGUUCGCUUCCCAGCAGAGACCUAUGGCCUAGCUGGACACAACGUCCUGUUAGAGUGCUUCGCCUAUGGAAAUCCAGUCCCUAAACUUCGAUGGAGGAAGGUGGAUGGUUUAAUGCCAUCCAAAGUGGGCUCCUCUCUGGAUGGUCCGACCCUCUCCCUGCCAGAACUCUCCUUUGAUGAUGAGGGCAUAUACGAGUGCGAAGCCUACAACUCAGAGGGAAGUGACACGUACCAGGGACGCAUUAAUGUGCAAGCUCAGCCAGAGUGGUUGCAAGUGAUGAGCGACUCAGAGGUGGAGAUCAGCUCCGAGCUUCGCUGGAGCUGUUUGGCUGCUGGAAAACCUCGACCCUCUGUCCGCUGGCUCCGUAACGGACAACCACUCAGCACACAGGACCGGCUGGAGGUAAAUGGAGCUCAUCUUAAAAUCAGUAACCUGGCUCUGGAGGACUCUGGCAUGUACCAGUGUGUAGCUGAAAACAAGCAUGGAACCAUUCACUCCUCUGCUGAGUUGAGAGUCCAGGUUCAGGCUCCAGAUUUUAGGCUGAAUCCCGUCAGGAAACUGAUUCCAGCAGCCAGAGGGGGGCAGGUGAUGAUUGAGUGUCGUCCCCGAGCUGCUCCGAAGCCCAUCCUGUUCUGGAGCCGUGGCACGGAGCUGCUCACCAACAGCAGCAGUAUCACAGUAACUCCUGAUGGCGUGCUGUGGAUCCACAAUAUCAGCAGGGCAGAUGAAGGGAAGUACACCUGCUUCGCUGAGAACAACCUGGGCAAAGCCAACAGCACUGGACACCUGUCUGUCAGAGAUGCCACCAAGAUCACGCUGGCUCCCUCCAACGCUGACAUCAAUCAGGGGGAAAACGUCACUCUGCAGUGUCACGCCUCUCAUGACCCCACCAUGGACCUGACUUUCACCUGGGCUCUUAACGGGGUCCUGUUGGACCUGGAGGACUCUUCUGGGCCGUACCACCGGGUUCAGGGGAAGGAGAACAUCGGUGACCUCUUGAUCACGAACGCCCAGAUGAGUCAGGCGGGAACGUUCUCCUGCACGGCGCAGACGGUGGUGGACAGUGCUUCUGCUUCAGCUAAACUGGUGGUUCGAGGACCCCCGGGACCUCCUGGAGGUUUACUGGUAAAGAACGUGGCUCAGACGUCUGUGGAGCUGAGGUGGAGUCGAGGUUAUGACAACCACAGCCCCAUCGGCAAAUACGUCAUCAUGGGACGAUCGUCUCUGUCAUCAGAGUGGAAGAAGAUGAGGACACACCCAGAGAACAUCGAGGGGAACGCAGAGUCGGCUCGUGUGACUGGACUGAUGCCCUGGAUGGAUUAUCAGUUCCAGGUCAUCGCCAGCAACAUUCUGGGCAGCGGAGAGCCCAGCAUCCCGUCACACACCAUCCGCACACAGCAAGCAGCUCCAACAGUGGCCCCCAGUGGACUGGGAGGAGGAGGAGGAGACCACCAUGAGCUGAUCGUUACCUGGACGCCAAUGGCCAGAGAGUACCAGAACGGGGAUGGCUUUGGCUACAUCCUGGCAUUCAGGAAGAAAGGCACGUUAUCCUGGUCCGAGGUGAGAAUUCCCAACGUGGAGUCAUCUCGACAUGUCUACUACAACGAAAGCCUGACGCCAUACAGUCCCUUUGAGGUGAAGAUCAGAGCGUAUAAUCGCAGAGGAGAAGGCCCGUUCAGCCAGACUGCAGUGGUCCACUCUGCAGAGGAAGAGCCGACGAUGGGACCUUCAAACAUCAAUGCCACGGCGUUGUCAGCCUUUGAGAUCCAGGUGUCGUGGGAGCCUGUCCAGCAGCUCAGUGGUAUCCUCAGAGGAUAUGAGAUCCGAUACUGGCGGCAGCAUGAGCGGGAAGCAGCAGCGGACCGCGUGAGGACGGUGGGGCUGGAACCGACCGCCAGGGUUUCCGGGCUCCGGCCCAGCACUCGGUACCACGUUGCUGUUCUGGCGUACAACAGCGCCGGCACUGGGCCACCAUCACCACGGAACACCGUCACCACCAGGAAGCCCCCUCCCAAUCGCCCUCCAGGAAACGUCUCCUGGAAGACCCAGGGCUCAUCGGUGACAGUGAGGUGGGAUCAUGUGACGGCCAUGCACAAUGAGUCAGCUGUACUGGGCUACAAGGUUCUGUACAAACAUGAAGAUCAGACUGCAUUAAAGUUUCUGGAAAAAACCAAGACCUCCGUGAGUCUGCCGCUGCCUAAGGACAACGGCUAUGUUGUGCUGGAGAUCCGGUCCUGGAGCGAGGGCGGAGACGGGCCGGCACACGAGAUCAUCGUGUCCCGGGACUCAGGAACCGGGAUGAUGGUGCAGAAGGACGCCUCCUCCAUCCUGACUCCCCAGACUCUCCAUCUCCUCAGUGGCUUGCUGCUCCUCACCACGGUCCUGUCUGACCUGUGAUCUUCAUCAGUCUGUGGACUGAGUGACUCAGCCUGGUCUGGGUCCAGGGGGGUGGGCGGGGGGGGACCUUCUGUGCUGGGAUUGGGGUGGGCUCUUCACGUUUCAUUUCUUUUUUAUAUGAUAAGUAAAUGGACAGUAUUGGAGGGGAGAUUUUUGAUUCGCUAUGGGACCUGAUUUCACAACACAUCCACCUGCAGCAGGUGAGACUCAGGCUGCAGGUGGAGGCUCCUCGCAGAGGAGGAGUAGUGUGUGUAACUGAUGUACAUACAUGUGACGGAAGUCUGUAUGUUCACACUCAGAGCAGCCAGACUGAAGAGUCUGAGCAGAUGGAUUUAGAUCUCAGAGGGACAGAUACUUCCACAAUUUAAUUUAAUCAUCCCAAGACACCUGUAGACAGUCCAAUUCAAUCAAAUUGAAUUAUGUUGAAUUCAGUUCAGUCCAGCUUUAUUUAUACAGCACCAGCUCACAACAAAGUCAAUUCUAUAGACACAGUCCUGUUCAUUGUAGUUAAUAAUACUUUAAUUCAAAUCCAUUAUAUGAUCCACCUUAGUCCAGUUUAUAAUAACUGUGUUCACAUAAACUGAUUUAAAAAAAUAAAGACCGGAAACCAACAGAUUGGAUCAAAUCUUCUCUUUGAUUGAAUUCUCCAUCCUGAGCAUCCAGAACCAUGACAGGACUGUACUGAUGUUUAUUGUACUUACAUUUCAUGCAGCAUGUGUAUUUUGGAAACAGAUCUGCAGAUAUGUUGGGAAGCAGCUGCUGUUAAAGCAGUUUCUAAAAACAACUAAACCGUCUAAAUAAUUUUCCUCACAGGAUUCUUGUAAAAGGCCGAUGUGACGAGUACGUCCCACCACCGAGAACAGAAUCCUGUCAGGGAGUUAUUGUCACGGUAACAGUAGGUCUGCUGCAGUGGUCUUUAAACUGAACGAUGAGACUCAAAGUAAGACCGAAGCUGUUUUGGGUGCAAAAUCCAACCAGAACCAAACAGAACCAGAACGGAUGCAGUGAAUGCAGCAAAUGUAAUAACUUGGUCUUAGAGUUCAGGUCUGGAGAUGUUUAAAGAACAGCUGUAGAAAGUGAAAUGUUAAAAGAAGCUGGCAGAUGUUGAGGGAGUCUUCAGCCCGUCAGCUGGACUCUGGCUGACUGUUACCAGUCAUUCAGUUUGUAGAGAAUUUAAAAGACCUGUUCAUCAGCAUCAUGUCUGGUUCUGUUGGACAUCUGGAUCAUCUCCGCUGACUCUAAAAUUGUUGCUCUCAGUGUGAACACAGGAUCUUGUUGUUUUCCAGCGCCUAACGUCUAUGUGCCUGGCUGUGUUUUUGACUCAUAUUCAGUAUUUAUAACAAACCUGGGCCCGUGAAGGUCUGGGUCCAGAUGAACGUUUACUCCAUCAGCAUUGUAAAACUGCUUCAGUGUUUGUUAGGUUUAUUACAGCUGUGUAUCUGCUCAAGAAGUUGAAUGCCAGGGAGAGAUGAAAGAGCUGGCCACCAAAGUUAUCAGAGCAGGUAUCUGUGUCACAAAUCAUCCUGGUCGUAAUCCUGUCUGAGCCAAUCAGCUCUUAUGUAACACGUCUGAUUCUGCUGGGUUAACAGGAAGGACGUGGCCUCCAGCUCAGCUGUCAGACUCCGUCUGAAAGCGCCGUGUCUUUGUCCUCAUGCCUUAAAUAUUCAUUUAUUUAUUCUUUGUUUGUUUUGUUGUUGUUGGUUUUGUUUUUGUUUGUUUGUUUUUUCAGUUUUUUUGAACUGCUUUCUAAGAAAAGCUCCUUGUCAGACGGUUGCUUUGGGUUCACCUGUGUGUGAAACUUUAUAGCAGUCAUGUGACCUGUCAGCAGCAGGUAGAAACAUGUCCAUCAGGGUAAAUGCUGCUGUGAUUACAGCCUGCUGUCCUCACGUACACAAGCUCCAAUGAGCUUUAACCUCUUCUUGACAAGAGAGGUUCAGGUAGUUUCCAUGGAGAUGAAGGGGGUUUCAUAGUGACGGGCUUACUCUUCCUAUCAUAGACCAUCUUGGGAUUCGCUUCUUUCAGGAUCCUCAUGGUUUUUCCAGUUGUGGGGUCUAUCCCUCCAUUCUCCUGACUCUGACCCCUGAUAUCGGCCCAUGGCUUCCUGAGAUAUUUAUCCGGGUAACACCUCAGUUCAAACAUCUGGAAACCUGCUCUGGUUGACUUUUUUUACCCUCUACUUGGACUACUUCAUUAAUUAAGUUUUCACUGAAGUGGUUUUGUUUUAGGAGGAGAUAACAUUUACAUUUUCUACUGUGUUCCAGGUAGAUUUACUCUGACAGAGUAACACAUAUCUGGAUUCUGACUCUUCUGUAGUAUUCUCACAUGUCUUAGCUUUCUUUUUAGACCAGGGUUAUACAUACAAACCUUGUAGUUGUGAAGAUAUACUUAUUUUGUUUUGGGAAUGCUGGUUCAGAUAGGAGGCAGAAAAAAUAGGCCUUGUCAAGAAGAGGUUCAAGUUAGAGGACGUCCAUCAUCAUCAUCAUCAACUUUCUGCUGAAAAUCUGACAGUAUCUGUUUUUGUUUAUUAUUUAUUAUUUUAUCGGUGUUUUUGGUGUGAACCAGCUCUGGUCCAACUGGUCCUGUCCUGGUUAUCUGGUGCAAAUACAGGAUUUUAUAAACAUGCUUUAUUUCAUGAAGAAAAUGUAAAGUUUUGUUGUUUAUUUAUUGAUCUGAUUUGAUAUUUGUGAUCUGAAUGUGAAACUGGUUGUAGAUCAUCUCACAAACAGCAUCUCCUUCACUCUGGUGAUAAACCAGGUGAGCGGAGUCUAACUGUGACCCGGGCCGGUCUGUGGUGCUGGUCUGAUCCGAUGCAGGGCGGCACACCUGCUGCUCCGUCAGCAUGGUCUUAUUCUGGCUUUGGUUGUGCUUUCUGCUCCAGAACGUUCUGUGGAACAUGAAGCAGCAUGUUCAGCUGUGUAUUCUUGUGUUUUCUUAUCACCUUCAGUUCUGCCUGCAGAACCACAUAGCACGGUCGCUCUCACAUUAGUGAUUUAUGCCCCACCAAUCAGGUUCAUCCUUCCUAAAGGUGGUUAAUGUGGCCAAGCCAGACUGGGCUGGGUUGAGUUUCCUUUCGGCCUUUUAGAAAUUUGUGAUGGAAUGAGAGGAGUGUUACUUGUAAAUAUGAUUUCAAAUAAACACCUUUGACUUAUA